CACACAUCCUUCUCUCACCCUCUUCUCUUCUCUUCUCUUUCCUACAAAACCAAAGACUACACAGAGCUUCAACCCAAAUAUUAGAGCUCCCUCCUCCAUAUCUAAAACCCACUUUCCUUUAUUGUCCUUCUUCAAAAUUCUCUCUCUUUUUUAAUUUUCGAGAAACUUGAAAGAACUCAUUUUCCUUCGAUCUCCAUUUUUCUUUUUGCUGAAAUUCCACUCAAGAAACAAAACGCCGUGGGUUCAACAGGACAGAAGCACUGUAUUGUAGUAGAAUUCUUAUGGGUUGUGGUCGUUCAAGGUUACUUGUGUCCGAGUUUCUAGUUUCUGGUGAUUGCCCAUCUGGUUAACAUGCUCAGAGCAUAAAAAAGUUUGAGGUCGAGGAUAGUUGAUUGCUAUGGACCGGACGAAAUGGUCACGGCCAAAUAACCAAUCAAGCCAAAAGUUAAGAGCAUCCAUUGGUUGCCUGAAAAAAGUCUCUUUCAUUUGACAAUGUCUUUCCGGAAGUAUAUUCCCCCUUGUGAUGCACCAUCUGGAAGUAUGAAAUCGUUGAACUUAUCUGGAAAGGCUAAUCAAAAUUCUCAACCAUCUGAUCCACAAAGAUCAACAGAGGAUGAUGUGGACAUCGACAUGGGUGAGGUCUAUUUUUUGAUUAUGCAUUUCCUAUCGGCUGGACCAUGUCACAGAACUUAUGGGCAAUUCUGGAAUGAGCUUCUGGAACAUCAACUUUUACCCCGUAGAUACCAUGCUUGGUAUUCAAGGAGUGGAGCACCAAGUGGUGACGAAAAUGAUGAUGGGAGGUCUUUCCCAUUAAGUUACAAUAGAUUGGUGGAAAGGUACUCUCACGUGGGAAAAGAUCACUUGGUGAAGCUUUUAAAGCAAUUAUUGUUGAGUGUGAAAGCUCUCCCUCCGGGUAUGGUUGGUGGCAAUAUAAUUAAUGCAGCAGCUGUUCCGACUCUGCUAGGAACUGGUUCCUUUUCACUUCUCAGCAGUGAUCAAGAUCAGAGGACUGAUGAAGUCAAGCCUCCAGGUCACUUACGUUGGCCGCACAUGCUAGCAGAUCAGCUGCGUGGACUAAGUUUGAGAGAAAUUGGUGGUGGAUUUUCUAAACACCAUCGUGCACCAUCUAUCCGUGCGGCAUGUUAUGCCAUUGCAAAACCAUCCACUAUGGUGCAGAAGAUGCAAAAUAUUAAAAAAGUUCGAGGACAUAGGAACGCAGUUUAUUGUGCAAUAUUUGAUCGGUCUGGGAGAUAUGUUAUUACUGGCUCAGAUGACCGACUUGUAAAGAUUUGGUCAAUGGAAACUGCAUAUUGCUUGGCCAGCUGCCGUGGACAUGAAGGUGAUAUCACUGACCUAGCUGUCAAUUCCAACAACACUUUAGUAGCUUCUGCUUCAAAUGAUUGCAUCAUCAGAGUUUGGCGCUUGCCUGAUGGGCUGCCGAUUUCUGUGUUGCGUGGUCAUACUGGAGCUGUUACGGCAAUAGCAUUUAGUCCAAGACCUAGUUCUGUUUAUCAGCUCUUAUCGUCAUCUGAUGAUGGAACAUGUCGGAUUUGGGAUGCUAGAUAUUCCCAGUUUAAUCCACGCCUAUACAUACCAAAACCGCCUGAAACAGUUGCUGGGAAGAACACUGGUCCAUCAUCAAGCACUGUUUUGCAAAGCCACCAGAUCUUCUGUUGUGCAUUCAAUAACAGUGGAACAUUCUUUGUAACUGGAAGCUCAGACACUUGUGCAAGAGUAUGGAAUGCUUGUAAAUCUAAUUUUGAUGACUCAGGGCAGCCUAAUCAUGAGAUAGAGAUUUUAUCUGGUCAUGAAAAUGAUGUAAACUAUGUGCAAUUCAGUGGUUGUGCUGUUGCGUCCAGAUUUUCCUCCACUGAUGCAUCAAAGGAAGACUGUGUCCCCAAGUUCAAAAACUCAUGGUUUAAUCAUGACAACAUUGUUACUUGUUCCCGUGAUGGUAGUGCAAUCAUUUGGAUCCCGAGAUCACGUAGAUCGCAUGGAAAGGGUGGACGUUGGCAGAAAGCGUAUCAUUUGAAAGUUCCACCACCUCCAAUGCCACCUCAACCUCCUCGAGGCGGUCCACGUCAAAGAAUUCUUCCAACUCCACGUGGUGUUAAUAUGAUUGUCUGGAGCUUGGAUAACCGUUUUGUCCUUGCUGCUAUCAUGGAUUGCAGAAUAUGCGUGUGGAAUGCUGUUGAUGGUAGCUUAGUUCAUUCUUUGACGGGUCAUACUGAAUCUACCUAUGUACUUGAUGUCCAUCCUUCUAAUCCUAGAAUAGCCAUGAGUGCUGGUUAUGAUGGGAAAACAAUUGUCUGGGAUAUAUGGGAAGGUGCACCUAUUCGAACAUACGAAAUUGGGCGAUUCAAGCUAGUUGAUGGAAAGUUUUCUCCGGAUGGGACGUCAAUAAUACUUUCAGAUGAUGUUGGCCAAUUGUACAUAUUGAAUACAGGGCAAGGAGAAUCCCAGCAGGAUGCCAAGUAUGACCAGUUUUUUCUUGGAGAUUAUCGCCCUGUCGUUCAGGAUACAAAUGGAAAUGUCCUUGACCAGGAAACGCAACUUGCUCCUUACAGGAGGAAUAGGCAAGAUCUCCUUUGUGAUGCAGGCAUGAUUCCAUAUCCAGAGCCAUACCAGAGCAUGUAUCAACGAAGGCGGUUAGGAGCUUUGGGAAUCGAGUGGAGACCCUCGUCAUUCCGAUUUUCUAUUGGGACAGAUUUCAACAUGGACCAGCCGAACCAAACUUUUCCCAUUAUAGACUUGGAGAUGCUGAUUGAACCACUUCCAGGAUUUGUGGAUGCAAUGGAUUGGGAACCAGAAAUUGAGAUACAAAGUGAUGAAUCAGAUUCAGAGUAUCAUGUAACUGAGGAGUAUUCUUCUGGAAAAGAGCAAGGGAGUUUCUGCUCUGAUGCUUCUGCAAAUGCAGAAAAUAGUGAUGAAGACAGUGAGGCUGAAGAUAAUCAAAAAGAUGCGGUUCGUAGAUCAAGAAGGAAGAAACAGAAAGAAGCUGAAGUUAUGACAUCCUCUGGAAGGCGUGUAAAAAGGAAGAACUUGGACGAGUGUGACAACAGUUCCCAUAGGACCAAUCGCUCUAGGAAAUCAAGACAUGGUCGAAAAGCGAAGAAAAAGUCUUCAUCGAAAUAUUUGAGACCCCAGAGAGCUGCUGCUCGCAAUGCCCUUCAUUUGUUUUCCAGAAUUACAGGGACAUCUACUGAAGGAGAAGAUGACUAUGGUUCAGAAAGUGAUUCAUCUGAUAGUGAGUCCACACUUCAGGACUCAAACAAUGGAAAUGAAGAUUCUGAUGUGUCCUUAAAUAGUGAACGACAUGGGCAUUCCAAGGGGAAAGAGAUAUGUGUUGAUCACUCUGAUGAAACAAAUAAGCUCCAGCCAUUUCCUAACUCUAAUUUCAAUGGUGGAAUUAGGAGGAGAUUGGUCCUAAAACUGCCAAAUCGUGAUUCAAGUAAUUAUGGGCCUCCAAAGAAUUACGAGCCUUGUCUAGCUGGUCCAUCUUUGGCUCCUGAGGAAGCUGGUGAAGUAAGUCAAAACUACUUGGGCUGUGAGGAUUACAACCUGAGUGAUGCUAAUGGUUACAUAAGAGAAAAGAGUGAAAUUGAUCAACCCACAAAAAUUGAAAGUCACUUGGACCUCUUGGAAGGGUGCAAAGAUGGGAACAUCAAAUGGGGAGGGGUCAAAUCCCGCUCAACCAAGCGCUCUAGGAUGGGAGAACUGUUUCCAUCAGGCUCUGAGACUGGACCUAGCUCAUUUGCUGAAGGAAGCAUUCUGAAAGAAAAUGUUGUUAAUGGGCACCCAAUGCUUGAAAAGGAGCACCACAGAGUUCCUCCUUGUUCAGAGAUCCAAAGUGAAACCAAUGGAAUCAUUCAUGUCAAUGAGAAUCAUUGUCAGGAUGCUAUACAGGAGACAGAAAAUGUUAAGCUUUUAGAUGGGACUGACAGUGAUCAUCCAUGUAAACAAAAUGCAACUCCUGUCCCAAUGAGGUUGCGGAUAAGGUCAAAGACUCUUUCUGGUCAUCUUGAUAACUGUGACAUGUUAUAUGCAAAGACUUCAUUGGAGGAUUCUGGGUGCACUGCUUGUGAUACAGUUUCUGAAUAUCAGGACACUGAGAAGGUCUUAAGUUCAGAAGCCCCCACCGAAGAAGACAGCAGAACAACUUUAGAUGAUGGAGACCGUGAGAAGAAGUUAGAUGCAGAUAAUAUAGGUGGAACUUCUGGGACAGAAGUGCAAGUCUCACAGCCGGUGCGGUCACAUGAUAUGAUGUUCACUGCUGUCUAUAGAAGGUCAAAAUUUGGUCGGAGUAGAAGUGGUAGAGAAGGUGUCAGUGGGAAUAUGGCAGCGGCCACUUCAAAUGUGGGGAGCCAUAGUCUAGCUGAGGGAUCCGAGGCCAUUAUUGAGGGAGUUCGAAGAACUAGGUCUAUUAGAUUAAGGUCGACAACUUGCGAUGUGAAUCCUGCACAUAACAUUGACAGAUUUGUGCAGUCACAUGACGGUUCCGAGGGAACGUCAGUGGAAAAGACAGCAGGUAACAAAGAUGAUGAAAGCUCGUUUGAAGAGAAGCUACUUGGUUCAGCUAGUGCUGUUGGGUUGCGUUCUACCCGAACACGGAGAGCCAGCUAUAAUGCCCGUGAACCUAGUCCUCCAGACAGAAGGAAAUCAUACCAAGCAGCAAGAAGCUCAUGGUUGAUGUUGGUAGCCCAUGAGGAGGGCUCCCGGUAUAUACCUCAGCGAGGGGAUGAGAUUGUAUAUUUAAGACAGGGUCAUGAGGAGUACAUAACUCAGAAUAAUUUGAGGGAUUUAGGCCCCUGGAAAACAAUAAAGGGAAAGAUAAGAGCAGUAGAAUUUUGUAUGAUUGAAAACCUCGAGUUCAAAACACGGCCAGGUUCCGGAGAAAGCUGUGCUAAAAUGACACUGAAAUUUGUAGAUCUUACUUCUGAUGUGGUGGGGAAAUCAUUUCAGUUGACACUGCCUGAAGUGACUGGUUUCCCUGAUUUUCUUGUUGAAAGAACCAGAUAUGAUGCUGCUAUAGAAAGGAACUGGACUUCUCGGGACAAAUGCCAAGUUUGGUGGAAAAAUGAAGGUGAGGAAGAUGGGAGUUGGUGGGAAGGUAGGAUUCUAAACGUGCAAGCUAAAUCUCAUGAAUUUCCUGACAGCCCCUGGGAAAGAUAUAUUGUCCGAUACAAGAGUGAUCCAUCGGAAACUCAUCAGCAUAGUCCUUGGGAACUAUAUGAUGCUGACACCCAAUGGGAACAACCCCAUAUAGAUGAUGAAACCAGAGAGAAGCUGAUGCAUGCGUUUACUAAGCUGGAGCAAUCUGGGAAUAAAGCUCAGGACUAUUAUGGUGUUGAAAAAUUGAGACAGGUUUCACACAAGUCAAACUUCAUUAAUAGGUUUCCUGUGCCCUUGUCUCUUGAAACUAUUCGAGCUAGGCUAGAGAACAAUUACUAUAGGAGUCUGGAGGGAAUGAAACAUGACAUUGAGGUGAUGCUCUCAAAUGCCGAGUCAUAUUGUGGAAGAAAUGUCGAGUUAACAACCAAAGUGAGACGUUUGUCCGAGUGGUUCAGACGGACACUAUCUUUAUAGCAACUUCUGAUGCAAUUUUGUAGAAAUUACUGCCCAUUUAACUUGGUCCAGGCCCCCUCAAUAUUGUAAAUAACAUUUUGGCCUUUCUAAUUUUUUGAUUCUUUUUCUUUUUACGAAUACCAAAUCCUUCUAGGUCAGGAAAAUAGGCUGAAGAUUCUUUAUAGGAGGUUGAGGGAGAUUAGGGGAGGUAUCCAGCCCAAAUUCAUUAUUUCUAGUUUAACAUCUAAAUGUACUCGAACUGAUCGAAGAUCGUUGAAGCUAAAAAUUCUGGGGCUUAAACCCAUUGACUGGAAA